AUGGUACUUCAGACGUUGAGGAAGCAUCAAUUGUUUGCUAAGUUCUCCAAGUACGAGUUUUUGUUAGAAAGUGUUGCUUUUCUUAGACACGUCGUAUCUAGAGAGGGUAUUCAGGUGGACCCUAAGAAAGUGGAGGCGGUGAUUGACUGGCAGAGACAGACCAUGAUGACUAAGGUGCAUAGCUUUGUGGGAUUGGCAGGCUACUACCAUCGAUUCAUGCAACACUUCUCGAGGAUAGGAGCACCUUUGACUAAGCUGACUCAGAAGAACGUCAGGUUCAGUGGACUGACGCGUGUGAAAGAAAUUUUCAGAAGCUGA